UCUCUUGAAGAUCUGAUGUCUCCUGCCUUCGUGUCGUUGCGGUGGGUCGGCUUGCAGCCUGGACCGAUCCCUCAGGCGCUCGCAGGUUUCCCAGUUUCACCUCAUCCGUGGUCUGAAGAUGGCCGUGUCUCCACACGCCCUGGCCAGGAUGCAUUUAGAUCCAAAGAGGAGACGGCAGACCAGAGGCACUUGCCUCCCGCCACAGAGGCCGAUGAGACGGUGCCCAGAGACCAGGACCCGGUGGGGCCCUCUGCCGAGCCUGAACACAGGGAGUUUGUGGAGAAGCAGCAGAAAGUGCAUGAAGUGUCCGAGCAGAAGCAGCCGCAGAAUCUCGGUGAGAUGAUGAGGUUGACGGAGAGACGCUACUUCUUGCGGGAGCGUGAGGGCGAGUCCCUGAUGGACAGAACACAUUCGAAGGUCACCGAUCAGCAGGAGGCCCCGAGGAGCGCUCCCCUCGGCCGGCAGCCGCCCGGCGGGGAGUUAACCUCUGGCAUCCAGAGGUGCUCCCCCGCCCUGUCCGGGGUCUUUAAAGACGAGCCAUCGCAGCUUGAAACCUUCCCGUCGCCGACCUCUCAGCCUGAUCAGAGAGAGUUUGGGACUCCACAAAACCUUUGCCAGACCAGCGAGUUCAACCAGAGGAAGACCCCAACAGAGAUGCAGGCGCUGGUCCGGGUCUGUAACCAAGAAACCGCUCACUUCAACAUUCCCGUCGUGCCCCAACCUGAAACUCCACCUCUCCCACUAGAACACAUCCGACAUAUACAACAUGACGCAGAAGAUGAAGGGAGCAAAUCACAAGAGAGAAAGUCCAAGGAGAAAUCCCAUGUGAAAGAAAAAGAGGACAGCGAUAAUGAAGAGACUGAAGGCAGAAUGAAUGAGCCGACACCCUGUGUUCACAAGCCUUUCAGGGAGAAAAGGGCGAGGCGCCAAGAAAUGGAAAUGCAGCGCGAAACGGCACGACUCACUGUUGACGAGGACGAGGUGAAAGGUCAGAUAGAAUUCACGGCGCCUCCGAGAAAAAUGCCUGUGAGCUCAUGCAGUACCACCUCAGAGGAUCUAUGGGAACAAUCCCUGCAGCAGAACAACACACACAGCGCUGCGUAUGAAUCAAACUCCGUGCAUCAUCUAAACAUCAGGGGUUCCCCUCGGGCCUGGAGAAAUCAGGAAAUUACUGUUAGUUUUAUGAUCGUGGACGAACACAUGGCGAGAGUCUCGAGCUGCGACAUGGAAACUCUAUCCGAAUGCUGCGAUGAAACAAAAACACACUCUCUUUGCCAGUGCGGUCGGUCAAGGCCAGGAAGCAGCUCACACUGGGUCGAAGGUCAAAAGCAAGCUGCUUCAACAGCUGCAGCAGCGUUUGAUCUCUGUGCAUCGAACUCAAGGCAAGUCGUAACAACUCUGAAACGCAGCACAUUUCCCACACAUUCCACCACCAGAAGCUCUACUGGUGGUGAUGGUACCGGCAGGGAGGAUGAAUACAACCCACCCUCCCCGAGCCACCAGCUUCCCAAGCUCCCAUCCCCUCCUCUCGGCCUCCAAGAGUCCCAUUUGUAUGUAACGGAGGGCGAUUACGGCGAGGAGGAGCGGAUGUCCCCGGAGUUCCCAAAACAGGACCAGAGCCGUGGCUCUUUAUUGGGGCCUCAGCCACAAUCCUCUUCCUCCAGCUCGAGCUCCAGCAGGGAGGACAACACUCGGGGGGAUUCCCAUGGGGCUCAGAAAAUGUUGAAGAGCCACUCACUGAAACCGAGAAGGAAACCCGAGGGUUCAGACGCAACGAAAAGGGCCCAAACACCGAGAGGAUUCCUCAGAGAAAGAGCGGAUCAGGACGAUGAGGCGGAGACCAGAGAGAGCCGGGGCGUGAGGAACCAACACGGUCGGCACAAAACUGGGGAAGUCCAGGCCCUCAUGCAGCAGAUGGAGGCCCUUCAGCAGCAGUUACAGCAGAGAGAGAGUGACUGGCUUGAAGUUCGACACCAGCUGGAGGAGCUGAUCAGAGAAAACUCUGAGCUGAGGAAGAAACGAAGAGUUACGCCACAGUGCCGCCCAGUGGCCGGACGGUGUACUGCACAAACACACAAGGGACAGUCAGAGACGUCUUCAUCUCCCGAGAUGGAGCCGCUUCUCUCCAACGGGUGUGGCCCGGUGACUUCUGCAGAGCAGAAGACCAAAACAGUCACGUUCUUCAAUGGCGACAUCAAACAAAUUCUGGAAGAUGGCAAAGUGGAUGGCUCCUGUGGCCCAGUCAAUGUGGGGGUUGUGGCGGCGGAGCCAGGGGUGCCCCAGGAUUACUGGAUGCUGGGGUGA